UAUAUAUUUCCUAUUAUCAAAUAUUUUUUAAACAAUUGAAGACAAUCACAAACCGUGUAAAAUGCACACAAUCAACAAUAAAGUCCUCAGCGGCGAGGAAUUGGCCGAUUUACACAAAUGGCUACAGCAGUACGAUAUAAAUACAUCACGUUUGCGACGCGAAUUCUCAGAUGUUUUGCCCUUGGCGGAGAUGAUGAAACGGGAUCAUCCACGUUUGGUUGAUUUAAACAACUUUCCGAAGCGCAGCAGCGUCCAGUUGAAGGUGGCCAAUUGGGAGACGUUCAACUAUAAGAUAUUGAACAAAUUCAAUUUGACAUUGGGUCGUGAAUUUAUGGAGCUUCUCUCGACGGGCGUCCCUGGUGCUGCCGAGGUGCUACUGCAUGAGAUCAUGAGACUGAAGAAGCGUCAACGUGUGGUGGAGACAAGGAAUGCGAUACUCGCACAGGAACAGAUCUGGGAGGAGAACGACGAGGUGAAGACGGUGGUGGUCAACAAACAGGUGGGCGACGGCAUCGUUCAGGUGCCACAAAAGAUGAUACUCUAUUCGCUCUACGAGAAAAUGGCACGCGACAAUCAGGCCAAGGAUCUGAUCAUUGAGGCCAACCAGAAGCGACUCGCCCACAUGGAGAAUAUCAUCAAAGUGAAGACCGAGCGCAUCGACGAGCUGCUCAUGCAGAUGGGCAAGGUGCCCAACAAGCUGUGCGGCAACAGUCCACGGCUGCAGUGCUCCAGCUUCGCACGAUUGCCGUCCACUUCGAUGAUCAGCUAUGAGGCUCUGCGUAAGCGACAUCCCAACACGCCAGCCUCGUCCGACUAG